AAGGAAAUGACAGAAUGGAAAUCGGGAACUGUCUCCUGUACACGGCACAAAAUGGCGGCGUCUACGGCCCCAUUGUCCGACCAUUUAGUUGAUCCGGAAAAAUGUCCGGAAAACGUGGAUGAUGCCGGCGCAUUUUUUCAAACAAUCGAGGGAAAAUCCGAAGAAAAUUCGGAUUAUGUGGACAUCGACCUGUCGGUCAAGUGUCGGGGCUGUUUCGCCCAAGAGGACGAGAUGCAUUUCCUGUUUACCGUGUUCAAUCAGGAGAUGACUCUGGCCGAUAUCCUGAAGGAAACCACCUUCUUCGAGUGUAAAGAGGACGACAAUCUACCCCCAUACUUGUGCACACGAUGCACCUCAACCCUCGUAGACUUUUUCAACUUUAAAAUCCGAUUUCAAGAGACAGACGCCUACAUACAAGACUUAAUAAGCAAAGCCCUGGCCACCCAAGAUACUAAACCAGAUCUUGAGAGCACUUCAGAUUUCUUUCAAGUGUUAGAAAACGGUUCUGAGCAAGAUGAUAAUGAUGAUGACGAUGAGUUUCACGAGAACGCUAACUUAAAGCAACCCAAUGCUAUAAAACCUGAAAAGUACAUACCGGACAUCAAAAAGAUUUCCGGCUUAAGCACGCAUUGUGACUUGUGUCCGGACAGUUUUGCUACCGAGAACGAAUGCGAAACCCAUUUGGCAAAAGAGCAUGGCCACAAUCCUUUUGCCAAGUUCACGGCAUUCAGGCAACUUAUAGUCGAACAUAGUAAAAGUGUCGCGCUGGAAAAACGAAAACGGAAACACUUGGCCAUGGAAAUGAAAGAGAAGGAAAUGGAAAGUAUGCCGGGCAAGUUCUGUCGGUUUUGUAACAAGAAGUUUCCCGAGGAGGAGUUUCAGCUGCACUGGGAAACUCACAAGAUUCAUGUAUGCGAACUGUGCGGUUUUAAAGUGGUUAAAAAGUCAGAACUGAACGUGCAUCAGAGCAGCGUGCACAGCGACGUAAGGAACUUCGCCUGCGGCCAUUGCAAUAAAACGUUUAAAACCAAAGGGCUCAGAAAAAGGCACGAAUACACUCUGCAUAUAAAUCCGAGGGCUUUUUGCUGCGAACUGUGCGGCCAAAGGUUCAACGAUCUCGCGACCAUGAGGACCCACGUGCAGUUGAAACACGUGGGGUCCAGGGAGUACGUUUGCCCCAUUUGCGGUCUGGAUUUCCCACUGAAAGCCACAUUGAACAAGCACAUCCUCAGGCACAACAAGAACCGACCUCCUGCACAUUACUGUCAGAUUUGUUCAAGCGGUUUCAAAGAUAAAUCGUCCCUAAGACGUCACCAUCUGGUGAAACACACCAACGACUUCGUGAAACCGAAGUGUGAAGUUUGCGGGAAAACUUACUGUUCCAAGACCAAAUUAAGGUUUCAUGUGGAACGACAUCACAGUGGAAAACCGCCGGUGCGACGUGGCAGAGGCAGGGGGGCCUCGAAUUAUCUGGGCGUCACGUGUCGUAAACCAGCUCAUUAUGACGUCAGCACUUCUGGUAGUGAGGAGGAGGAGGAUGAUUCUGACAGUGACAGCGAGAGUACUGAGGAUGAUAAUGACGUUCGACCAGUUGAACCGAAAGUUAAGGUCGAGUAUUGAUAGUUUUAAAGUUAUGUAAUUCUUUUUAAUAUAAAUACAUAUUUGUAAUAUAAGGUUGUUGAAUUUCAA